GCGAGAAACGCUUAGCAGCCGCAAAGAGGUGCGAUCGUUGCAGCAGUCUGUCAGGGAAAUGCGUGAACAGAUUACGACCCUCGUCUUAGACCACAGCAACAGCGAUAAGACAUCUACGUCCUCCACGCUUGCGGGUGCUGCAGGUGGCUAAAGAUGCCAUUGAUGAUGAAGGAGAAACAAGUGAAAGACAUUACCAAUAGCUUACAGUGCGAACCGUGCCUCCCACUAGAACUACGAAGAUCCCUGCAGCUGGUACAUUGGCCUUUCUACUGUAGUCGAUACAUACUCGGAAUCUAAAAAAUCAACACCGUUGUAGUCUCUGAUGCCGAAGACGCAGUAUGUAAAUGUACAUUCCUCCAGGCAUAAGUUUGGCUUAAACCAGCUUGAGGGCGCCUUGGAAACUUGGAAUACCCCAAUUACAUUGGCAAUUUAGUGAAACCUCCAAAGCUGAUCGCAGUGGUAAAGCCAUAGUUCGAAAGGCAU